GCAGAGGAAAAGAUGCGGAUGACCCAUGAGAGGCAGCGCCAGAAGCUAAAACGUUUAACCGAGAGAGGUGCUGAUGCCCCGAAAGUGGAGGCCACUCGAAUUUCCAUAGAUAGUCUUUCGACAAACUUAAAAAUUGCGAUUCAGGUUGUCGACAAGAUUUCUGUGUUGAUAAAUAAGAUUCGGGAUGAAGAACUAUGGCCACAAGUGAAUGAACUGAUUCAAGGGUUAACCAGGAUGUGGAAAGGUAUGCUCGAAUGCCAUCAGUUUCAGUUUCAAGCGAUUAAAGAAUCGAGGGGUUUAGGCCACAUUAGAUAUGGUGAAAAGCCUAGUGAUCUCGAUCUUCGAGUGACUUUGCAACUCGAUCAUGAGCUUAUUAGCUGGACAUCUAGAUUCUCGGGUUGGAUAAGUGCCCAGAAAAAUUUUGUGAGAGCCUUGAAUAAUUGGCUACUGAAAUGCCUCCUGUACGAGCCUGAAGAAACACCCGAUGGGAUCGUUCCAUUCUCGCCCAGCAGGGUCGGUGCACCACCCAUAUUUGUAAUCUGCAAUCAGUGGUCACAGAGUGUGGACAGAUUCUCUGAGAAGGAGGUCGUCGAUUCGAUGCACAUGUUCGCUAAGAGCGUGCUUCAAAUCUGGGAGCAUGACAAGCAAGAAGUGCAGCAGACGAUGAUAACAAACAAGGAUCUCGAAAGGAAAGUGAAAAGAAUCGACCGAGACGACCAGAAGUUGCAGAAAAAGAUUCAGACAUUAGAAAAAAAACUGAUUCUGGUUACUGGACAUGUGCAAGGGGAUGAAACUGGGAACAGCAGCCUGCAGGCAGGUCUGCAAUCCAUCUUCAAGGCCCUCGAAAGGUUUGCAUCAGACUCGAUGAAAGCUUAUGAGGAGCUUCUGCAACGAAGUGCUGAAGAAAGCGCCAAGACAAGAACAUGAAGGAGGUUGAUUGUUUCUUGUCAUUUGAAUCACCACCAGACUACCUAUGACAAACACCAUCAAAGAGUUGGUUGAUAAUCCCUUCCCUCAGUUUGUACCGACUCGAACCUAACCAUAAACUCGAGGGGCUGGAGUAACUAACUCAGUUGCAGACCGUGCAGGCAGGCGCUAAAUAUCAUUUUCGAAACAGCAGUUGCUGCUACAUCCUUCAGUCACAACUCCCUCCCGUUGGAACUCAACAGAAGGGUGUUUGACAGUUCGGUUUCUCGGGAUCGGUGGUUGGACAGCCAUGGCUGGCCCUCGAGGCCGGCCUGAUCGCAUGGGGAAGUCGUGGCAUCUGGGGGAAUUGAGCAAGUUCUUUGCAGAUGAUAAAUAAUGGAGGAUCCAAGAAAGAGAAGCUGAAGCUCAUGGAAGAAUUGGCUAUGUUUUUUGGUUGAAUUAUUGUUGUAUACAAAGCUUUUUUUUGGGAGUGUAGUGUAAAGAAAUGAGAUGAAAAAUGAAAAGAGAGAGCUUACGGAAAAGAAUUAUAAAUAAUUCAAUCUCUCUAAAUUACUUGAUGGUUUUCAAACUAAUAAAAUCAAUUCUGCCUUGGAUUGCUAAAUCU